UGUGACGUGUAGAGAGCAGGGCGGGGCUCAGCACCGGCGGGCCGGGCAGAGGCAGAGCCCUCGCACAGAGUCUGCCUCGGGUCAGUUAUGACGCACGGACCGGGGGCGGGACCUGGCCGUCCUGGAGACUCAAAACCGUGGUGCGCCGCGAACCGCGACAGCUGCAGUGCGUCCGCCGCACCACUAGGGGCCAGCGCGGGCCGACGGAGGAGUCUGAGCCAGAGACAGCGAGAUCCCGAUCUGUGCGGAGCCAGGACGCCGAGCAUCCUGGAGCCCAGCUGCAGCAUGCGGGAGCUGACUCUGAGCCCUGGCCUAGACCGUCCACACUGGGUGGAGCUGAUCCUGAGUGCCAGCCCAGCUGAGCUGACUCAGGAUCCUGCAUGCCAGCCAGAGUUGACCCUGAGAUCCAAGCUGACCAAGCUGACCCUGGAUCCUGCACACCCACCAGAGCUGAUCCUGAGCCCCAGGCUGGCUGAACUGACCCCAGGUUCUGCAUGCCCAGAGAUGACCCUCAGGCCUGGCUCGACUGAGCUGACCCUGGAUCCCGCACACCAGCCAGAGGAGACCCCCGUCCCCAGCCUGGCUGAGCUGACCCUGGAGCCCGUACACUGCCGACCUGAGCUCCUGGAUGCCUGUGCCGACCUCAUCAAUGAGCAGUGGCCCCGCAGCCGUGCCUCCCGCUUACACUCCUUGAGGCAGUCCUCAGACAACUUCCCCCUCUGCCUGAUGCUGCUGAGCCCCCACCCCACACCCGGGGCAGCCCCCAUUGUGGUGGGCCAUGCCCGCCUGUCACGGGUGUUGGACCGGCCCCAGAGCCUCCUAGUAGAGUCAGUGGUGGUGGCCCGGGCCCUGAGGGGCCGUGGCUUUGGCCGCCAUCUCCUGGAGGGCCUCGAGGUCUUUGCUCAAGCCCGGGGCUUCCGCCGGCUACACCUCACCACCCAUGACCAGCUGUACUUCUAUGCCCACCUGGGCUACCAGCUGGGUGAGCCUGUGCAGGGCCAGGUUUUCACCAGCCAGCGGCUGUCAGCCACCCUACUCAGUGCCUUCCCCAAGGCCCAUUCCCCCCAGCCAUCCUGUAAGGCCCCUAGCCUGACUGCCCAAGCUGCCCCAAGAGUCCUCAAAGGGCCAUCAGUGCCGCCACCCCCGCCCCUGCCUGAGCCACUGACCACCUCACCCCGACCUUCAGCAGGGCCCCUUCCACAAAACCUGCUGGGGACACAGUACCACGACCUGAGAGGAUACCCCAUAUUCUGGAUGGAGAAGGACAUCUGAGGGCCACGUAGGACAAGGCACUGUAGGACAAGGUUCACUGGACUGCCCAGGACAGUCCCAGACUCAGCCCACUGGCCAUACUUCAGCCCCUAGCCCCUGGGGGUAGCUGUAGCCUGAGCAUGUUUCCUGAGAGUCAGUGGGGCCAGGAGAUGGCUCUGGCUCAGAGCUGCCAACGUGGCUGAAUAAAGACUUCUGUUGGGUGUGGCUAUGACAGUUUAUUUGUUGACCCCUGCAGGAGCCUCCAAAUCCACUUUGGCCCUAGGGCCAUGGAUGGAAGGACACCUGCCCUUUGUCCCUCCCCCUCUGCCAGUCCCAAGGGACAGGGUAUCUGUUCCCUUCCACAUUCACUUACUCAGGGCACAGACAAUGGGGAACUAGACAGAUAGAAUCUUGACCUAAAGGGACAGACAGGGAGACAGGCAUACAGUGGCAGGGUCCAUGCUGGGAUAGUGGGAGCCCAAGCACCCUCACUCUGCCUGGAGAUCCAGGAGACCUCCCAGGGGAGGUGAUAUCAUAGCAGAGACUUGAGUGCUGAGUAGGAAUUAAGCCAGGCAACGUGGGGGCUGAGUGUUCUUGGGGCAGGAAAUAAGUCGGGCAAAGGAAAGAGGGAGACUUGGGAGAGCUGUGGUUGUGGGAGGUAUCAGGGCACAAUGAUGCCAUGACAGAUGGAAAAGGGGAGGAGAGCUGUCCAGACCAGCUUGGGGUGUGGCUGCUCCGAGAAGCCUAUGGGACCCCUUGGGGACCAUGCUUUUGCUACUCCCCAUUCUUGUGGGGAAGAGUGGGAAAGUUUUCCCAGCUUCCCCUGCUGUGUGGAAGGUAUGCCGUGGACUCUGAGCUCACACCCC